CUUUUUAGUACGCUGCAAUUGGGCGACCCUACAACUUAAGCAGCGCGUGGCAUCUUCAAAACGCAAAAGCAAUUGGCGCAUCGAAAAGGCAGCAUACGGACGCAAUCUACACCAGCAGCUGCAGCAGCAUUUUUCUGCCGUCGACAAUGGGAAGGGAGAUGCUAUUUUUCCCGAAGUGGCACAGCGCGCUUUGGUUUGAAAUUGUGCUGAUGUUCUUGAUAUUGCAAGGCGCCAGACCCGAGAUAACUUGCAGGUCAUGUCAGGUUGGAAAUACGGUGCUUGCCCGGCAAAUGUUACUGACAUUUUUCACAAACGAAAGUGUGACACAAUUUAAAGAAGUUGACGGUCACAGCGAUGAGGCUGGGAGAUCCCGAGCAGCAAGUGUCGGAACUCCAAGGCUCCGUCGCACAUCUUUUUCCGCUGAACGCGCUCCUGAUCGGGCAGAGGCGUUGAGACUGACACGGAGUACAGAAACUCUGCGCUCAAAUGAAGUCGGUGACAGCCGCUUUUCAGCACAAUACAACGCCACUGGCGGUGCAAAAAGAACGCGCGGCAGCAGAAGCAGCGAUGACCGCAGUCUUGGACGCCCGAAUUCUGGAAGGAGAGUGACGCGCUCAGAACUGCGCUGGAGAAGCGAAGAGAGGCGAGUCGGGGGCUCCAGGCAGGACGAGCUCAAACUUAACAGCUCCACGUUUGCCUUGACCGGGGAUUCAUCUCACAACCAAGCUAUGGUGCACUGGUCUGGCCAGAACAGCAGCGUGAUUUUGAUGCUGACCAAAUUAUUUGACUUCAACCUCAACAGUGUUACUGAGAGCUCUCUAUGGAGGUCAACUGACUAUGGAGCAACAUACCAGAAACUGAAUGACAAAGUUGGAGCAAAGACAAUACUCAGUUAUUUGUACGUGAGCCCAAACAACAAAAGAAAGAUUAUGCUCUUAACGGACACCGAAGUGGAGAACAGUAUUCUGAUCAGUUCUGAUGAAGGUGCAACAUACCAAAAGUAUCGACUGAACUUCUACAUCCUCAGCUUACUUUUCCAUCCCGAGCAAGAGGACUGGAUUCUGGCUUACAGUCAUGAACAAAAGCUCUAUAGCUCAGUGGAGUUUGGGAGGAGGUGGCAACUGGUUCACGAGAAAGUGACUCCAAAUCGAUUUUACUGGUCAAAAAUGGGUUUGGACAAGGAGCCAGGUUUGAUUCACCUGGAAACCACCAUCGGUGAAGGACAGGCACUGUAUGUCACCUGCAAGCUGCAGAACUGCACAGAUGCCAACAAGGGAAAACCAUUCCCUGGCUACAUUGACGCCAAUUCUCUGGUGGUUCAAGAUGAGUAUGUGUUUGUCCAGGUGUCGACUACAGGGAAGCCAAUCUACUAUGUUUCUGCAAAGAGAGAUGUCUUUACACCAAUGAAACUGCCGAAGUACACUUUGCCCAAGGACUUGCAUGUCAUCAGUACGGAUGAAAAUCGUGUUGUGGCAGCAGUACAGGAGUGGAACCAGAAUGAAACCUAUAAUUUGUAUGUGUCUGACACAUCAGGUGUCUAUUAUACUCUGGCUUUGGAGGAUGUUGUCAGUAGCAUGGGCCUUGAAGGAAACGUCAUGGUUGAUCUAUAUGAGGUGGCAGGAAUAAAAGGCAUGUUCUUGGCCAACAAAAAGACAGAUAAGCAAGUGAAAACACAUAUUACCUACAACAGAGGCAGAGACUGGAGGUUAUUACAGGCACCAAAUAAAGAUCUGCGAGGCAAUAGCAUACACUGUAUGCCACCCUAUUGUUCAUUGCAUCUUCAUCUUCAUGUCUCUGCAAAUCCCUACACAUCAGGAAGCAUAGCAAGUAGGGAGUCAGCACCUGGGAUCAUUGUGGCAUCAGGUUCCUCUGGUUCUGAGCUGACCACCAGCAAUGUCAGUGUGUACAUAACCUCGGAUGCAGGAAACACAUGGAGACAGAUCUUCAAUGGGGAGUAUGCAGUCUUGUACCUUGACCAAGGAGGAGCCUUAGUUGCAAUAAGGCAUACUCCACUUCCCAUCAGGCACUUGUGGUUAAGCUUUGAUGAAGGACGGCAGUGGAACAAGUACAGCUUCACCAGUACUCCUCUGUUCGUCGAUGGUGUGCUGGGAGAGCCAGGGGAAGAGACUCUAAUCAUGACGAUAUUUGGCCACGUCAGUCAUCGCUCGGAGUGGCAGUUGGUUAAAAUAGACUUCAGGUCUAUUUUCAACAGGAGAUGCUCAGAGGCAGAUUAUCAAACGUGGCACCUUCACGAUCAGGGAGAGCCCUGCCUGAUGGGAGUGAAAAGAAUCUAUAGAAAGUUGAAGCCCACAUCCAGGUGUGUUAUGGGAAAACUGUACUCGGUCUCAAUGUCAUCAGGUCCUUGUGACUGCACAGAGGCUGACUUUGAAUGUGAUUAUGGCUAUGACCGACGAACUGAUGGCAAGUGUACUCCUGCCUUUUGGUUCUAUCCAUCAGCGAUGUCCCGGAGUUGCCCCACAGGGAUGACCUUCCUGAACAGCACUGGUUACAGGAAGGUGGUCUCAAACAAUUGUACAGAUGGGGUCAUUGUGGAGUACACAGCCAAAAGGCAGUAUUGUCCCAUGCAAGCCCCCAAAGGACUUCACCUGGUCACCAGUGAGGGUACACUGUCAGCUGUACUGGGCACCAAUGUCACCUUUCUCGUCUUUCUGGAGCAGGGUGAUGCUACACGAACAAGCGUCACAUUGGACUUUGGAGAUGGUCACGCUUUGACAUAUUCCAAUCUGAGCUCCAUUGAGGAUGGGAUCAAACACAUCUACAAAAAUGUGGGGAUCUACCGGGUGACUGCAGCAGGAAAAAAUAGACUCGGAACAGAGACUGCGGUUCUCUAUCUACACAUAAUCUGUCCGCUGGAAUCCAUCCAUCUCUCAGCUCCCUUUGUAGCUGUGAAGAACAAGGAAGUGAACCUCACAGCGAUUCUGUGGCCUAACCAAGUGGGAACAGUUACGUAUAUCUGGUGGAUUGGAAAUAGCACUGAGCAACCCAUAAUCACACUUGAGGCAAGUGUGACAUGCACAUUUUCCCAGGAAGGCAUCAGCACAGUCACCGUGCAGGUGUCUGCAGGGAAUACUAUUCUGCAGGAGCGAAAGGCCAUCUCCAUCCAUGAAUAUUUCCAAUCUCAUCUGCUGGCCUUUUCUUCAAACUUGGACGACCACAACCCUGAUGUUCCAGAGUGGAGGCUGGAUGUGAGCCGAGUCAUCAAGAAUUCACUUAUCCAGGCCACAGGUGUGAAAGGGGAUUAUCUUCUGGUAACUGUCCUCCCAGGUUUGCCCACAACAGCAGAAUUUUUCCUCCUGCUUGACGGACAGCUGAUUGAAGAAGAACACAAGGAAAAAUCUGCUCAUUUAAAUCAUCUCUCCGAGAUGAUGCUAAGUGCCUUGAAUCAAAAUCUGGUUCAGUUCACCUUGCGGCCUGGAGUCCAGGUCACAGUCUACGCAGCACACCUAUCAGCAGCACCGCUUGUGGACAGCAGCGAGAACCACAGUACCCCUGCCAUGUUGAUGUUGCUAUCAGUUGUGGUUGUGGGUUUAGCUGUAUUUGUCAUCUAUAAAUUCAAGAGGAAGAUCCCAGGCCUCAACAUCUAUGCGCAGAUGCAGAACGAAAAGGAACAAGAAAUGAUAAGUCCAGCUAAUCCAACAAAAGCCACGCCAAGCUCCCAGCAGGACGUGAUUCAAUCUUUGGAGACUUUGGACACAGCGUUUAAAUCACGGCUCAUCGGAUGUAAGAAACCACAUGUUCAUGCGAAAUUCUCCACUGAAUUACCCUCGUACAUCGUCUAAUUUAUGGACUGGAACACCACUACUGCUGCAUCAUACAUUUGUUUUCAAUAAUGUUGGACAAUAAUGUGUUUUUUAGCUUUUUACCUGUGCAUGUUGGACUGUGCUGACAUAUAGUGUACUCUAUUACAAACCAGAGGAAACUUUUCUUUAAACAUAUAGCCAAUAAAUUUUAUUUUUAUUACAUCGUAAUUUUUACUAGCCAUACCAACAUUUCAAUGAUGGCAUGAUCAAGAAAGGUGACACAUGUCAUAAGAAGCAAUGUAUUAGUUUUGCCUACCUGAGGAGACUUAUAUGGUGUGUGUGGAGCAAAUAGCGCCAGUAAUUAUUUAUUCAUAUUAAUAUAUAUUUGUUCUUGAUGUUAAUUAUUUAAUUUGUAAAUCCCGAAUGUCAAACUGUUAAUAGUAUACAGUAUGUAUUUCAAUAA